CCAGGGCCCGGAAGUGGGCGGGCGGGGCGAUGGCGGCGGUGCGGCAGCUGGGGAUGCGCGCGGCGGGGCUGCGGCCGCUACUGUGCGUGGCGGGCGCGGGGCAGGCCCCGGCCAGCGUCGUCUGGAGGAGCGUCCUGGGGAUCGCCCCGCGCGCAGGGUUGGCCUGGAGGCCCGGCAGGUGUGGCAGCUCUUCAGCCGAAGCAACUGCCACAAAAACCGAAGAUGAGUCCUUCCUGCGCUGGUUUCUGCUGCUCAUUCCUGUGACUGCCUUUGGCCUGGGGACGUGGCAGGUCCAGCGUCGGAAGUGGAAGCUACAGCUGAUCGCAGAGUUAGAGUCCAGAGUUAUGGCCGAGCCCAUCCCACUGCCCACAGACCCAAUGGAACUGAAGAACCUGGAGUACAGGCCCGUGAAGGUCAGGGGGCACUUUGACCACUCCAAGGAGCUGUACAUGAUGCCACGGACAAUGGUGGACCCUGCCCGGGAGGCCCGGGAGGCCGGCCGGCUCUCAUCAGCAGCUGAGAGCGGGGCCUACGUGGUCACUCCCUUCCACUGCACUGAGCUGGGAAUCACCAUUCUGGUAAACAGAGGGUUUGUGCCCAGGAGGAAGGUGAAUCCAGACACACGGCAUAAAGGCCAGGUUGAGGGAGAAGUCGAUCUGGUGGGGAUGGUGAGGCUCACAGAGACCAGGAAGCCUUUUGUCCCCGAGAAUAACCCCGAGCGGAACCACUGGCAUUACCGGGACCUGGAGGCCAUGGCCAGGCUCACGGGCGCAGAGCCCGUCUUCAUCGAUGCUGACUUCAAGAGCACAGUCCCUGGAGGGCCCAUCGGAGGGCAGACCAGAGUCACCCUGCGGAACGAGCACCUGCAGUACAUCAUCACCUGGUACGGACUCUGUGCGGCCACAUCAUACCUCUGGUGCAAGAAGUUCCUAAGUCGGACUCCUGGUGUGUGAGGAGGUUCGCUGAAGUCAGCCUGUCCCUGAACAACUGAAGCCACUUCAAGAGAUGUGGUUUUAUGCUCAUCACAUGCUCUUGGUAUAAAUAAAUCUCUACACCACA